AUGAAUUUUGACAGGGCAUCCAAGGAAAAUCCUGGCCCAUCUGGUGCAGGGUUUGUGGCGCGAGAUUCUCAGGGGAACAUCAUGGCAAUUGGUGCAAAACGACUUGUUGAUGGGUCCAACAACGAGGCAGAAGUACAGGCUGCUUGGGAAGCUAUUCGGAUGGCAAAAACAUUGAAGGUUAACCAUUUAAAUUUGGAAGGGGAUUCGUUAUUGGUGGUCACCACUAUUGCAGAAGGGGAGACAACUACUUGGAGCCUAAAUAAACAUAUUAAAUUAAUCAUUUCUGCUCUCUCCUCCUUUGAGGAUUACAAAAUAACACAUGUGAAAAGAAGUGGCGGACACGCUGUCAAAUAUAGCAAUGUCAUCAUUGAGAGUUAA